AUGGAUGCACGCACCAUAUAUCAAUUGCGUCUGGAUGCGAUUGAACGGGCGGAGCGAUUGCUCGAGGAACACGAGGCAGAAGUGGUAGCAAGAGAAAAUCUGCUAGAGCGCGCAGUUGCUAUUGGAAUACAGCCUUCUCAUGAGAACUGGCAGCAGGAGGUUGAAGUUGCGUUACGCUCUAUUCCCAGGCGCAAUAAUAGCAACAAUGGUAUGAUUGUUGCGAUGCUGAAGGGUUGGGAGGAUCUUAUCGUGAAUUUAGAAAAGCAUGCUUCGGAAUUGCGUCGAAAAGAUGCGGAGAUCACCGAGCGUGAACAGGCAGUUCAGAAUCGUGAAAAAGCAGUGCAGCAACAACAAGAGCAACUAGUGGAAGAGAGGCGACGUCUUGCGGAGUCCCAGGAGGCCCUCAUAAAUAUACGCGUAGCUGUAGAAAAGCGUACCCGUGAUCUUAACCUUCGUGAAGUUGAGUUGGCACGUCGCACUCGUAUCGUUGAGGAUGAGAAUUCUCGUAAGGCAAAACAAAUUGCAGAAGAGACAGCAGUCAAAAUAAGACUGCGUGAAAAAGAGAGAGAGCUUGAAACUAGACAAGAUCAGUGUGAAGAAGUUUUAAAUGCGUUGAAUGAACUCUGUGGACGCGUUGAGUUGCUCAUUUGA